AGUUGGCAGGUACAACCGUUUAGUGAAAGGGCCAUCACUAGCCGAUACUCGUCCGGCCAUCUCGAAAUAUUUUAAAAACACACACAUUGUUGUUUUGUUUUUGAAAUAAACAAUUGAAAUGGAUAAGGUGGAGACUGUCACGGUGCCCCAUGUAGAUGCGUACAGAAGGCUGUUGAACAAGGUCAUAUCCCAACUGAUGCUGGACAAGGGAGCCGGCCAGGCAAGCCAUCAGUGUUUGGAGACGCUCACCCAGAUGCUGCAAGCCCUUAUUGUAGAGAUUGGCAACUCGGCGCACAACUUUUGCGAGCUGAGUGGUCGCACCAUGCCCACCGUGGGCGAUGUUAGCCUGGCGUUGAUCAACAUGGGGAUUUCCAUCAGUAGCCUGGAUCCCUAUAUGCGGAGUGAAAAGCACGCGCCCAUUCCCCUGCCGCCACAACAGACGCAGCAGCGCCAGCUUAAUUUGCUCCAGGCGGGCAGCAAAUCCUCCCACCCGCAUUAUGUACCGAGCUACUUUCCAUCCAUGCCGGAUCCCCACGCCUACAUACGGACUCCCACGCACAAGCAACCGGUGACUGAGUACGAGGCCAUUCGGGAGAAGGCCGCCUGCCAGAAGAGGGAUAUCGAAAAGGCGCUCACGAAAUUCCUGUGCAAGACGUCCGAGACAAACAAUCUGUUUCCCACGGAGGACAACAUGUUUCCGUUAAUUGCCUGCAAGCCCGCUUUUCCACCCUAUGCUGCCGCCUUGAAUCCCACGGAUCAGGUAUUUGACUUCGAGGAACUGGAGUACCAUUACCUGGUUGCCAAUCGAACUGAAGAUGUACCCAGCAAAGAGGACGGCGAGGAAGGCGACAGCGAAAACGAAGAGCUGGAAGGGGACAAGUCAAAGGAAGAGAAGCCCGAGCUGGAAAUCAAGCCAAACUCCACCACCAACAAAGCCAUUUUAGAGAAUCCCAACAUAGACAAUCCCUAUUUGCGAGCCGCCACCCUCCCCAAGCGCUCCAAAACUGUAGGAUCAGCGCCGAGUCGUAGUCUGUUGCCGAAAACACCCACGCCUUCUACCUUGGAAAUAACCAAGAAUAGUUCAUAAAAGUGUAAUAUGUAAUAUUGUAGCACAUAUAUUAGACUGUUUGCAUUUUUUUAAGAAGAAAGUAAUUUGUGUGAAAAUCAAUUAGACAAUGUUCACGUCACCAAUACUUUGUAAGCUGAAGUUUUUAAUAAAAUAAUUGUGUAAACUUUGUGUAUUCGAAACAGGCGAUACUUACAAUUCAACUCGCCUUAGACUCACAUUUUCAUGAUAGUA